UAUAUAAGUGGCAUCAGGGUAUAGAAAAUGCUCCAAUGAAACGCACACGUUCUCGUUCUUUAUAUAUACCACGACCAAGUGAUCCAGAUACUUCCAAUAUUAGGGAACCAGGUGGCUUUCGCCGUCAUCAUGUAAUAAUGAAGGCAAGAAAAGAAGGCAAGCAACCACCCAAUCUCAUAACACGUAACUUCAUUGAUUUCCUGGCGAUGUAUGGCCACUUUGCUGGUGAAGAUCUGUCUGAUGAUGAAGAAGAGGAGGAGUUUGAAGACAUUGAUACUGAAGCAACCCCGUUGAUUUCACGUGAAAACGCGAGUGCGUCUCCCGCAAAAGCAGUCUUUUUACUGUUAAAAUCGUUCGUAGGCACAGGCGUUAUGUUUUUGCCCAAGGCAUUUUACAAUGGUGGCAUGGUCUUUUCUACUAUUUUUUUGAUUGCUAUUGCAGCAAUAUCAUUGUGCGCAUUCCUAUUAUUAGUACAAACAAGAUUUUAUAUUCCAUAUAGUUUUGGUGAUAUCGGCAGCGCUCUUUAUGGUCGAUGGAUGAGGCUUGCAGUAUUGUUUUCAAUAACCAUCUCACAGAUUGGAUUCGUAUGUGCCUAUAUGAUCUUUGUUGCAAAGAAUAUCGGAGCCGUUGUCUUUGAACUCACUGGAGUUCAAAGGGAUAUCUCCUUUUAUAUUAUAAUUCAGAUUUUUGUUUUUGCACCACUCGCCAUGAUCCGUCGCAUUUCGCGACUUUCAUUUACCGCACUUAUUGCAGAUGCUUUCAUCAUGUUUGGACUUUUAUAUCUUUAUUAUUAUGACAUUUUGACAUUGUCAAAAAAUGGUGUUGGUAAAAUUGCCGCAUUUAACUCGGAUGAUUUCGCGUUAUUCAUUGGCACAGCUGUUUUUACUUUUGAAGGAAUUGGUUUGAUAAUUCCUAUCAUCGAAUCAAUGAAAGAACCUGAGAAAUUUCCUAAGGUUCUUACCGGUGUAAUGAUUUUUAUUACUUUUAUCUUUACUUCAAUCGGUGUCUUAUCUUAUGCUGCAUUUGGCGACCAAAUUGAGGAUGUGGUUAUUUUAAAUUUACCUCCUGAUGAUACGAUUGUCCAAGCCGUCCAAUUUUUAUAUGCUCUUGCCAUCCUCCUUUCCAUUCCUCUGCAACUGUUUCCAGCCAUAAGAAUCAUGGAACAAGGAUUAUUUAGUAAAAGCGGAAAGGACGAUCAUUAUGUCAAGUGGCAAAAGAAUUCGUUCCGCCUAUUAACAGUUGUGUUUUGUGCCUUAAUUGCGUAUGGUGGUUCAUCUGAUCCAGAUAAAUUUGUUGCACUGAUCGGUUCCCUCGCAUGUGUACCUCUCUGCUUUUUAUAUCCUCCACUAUUUCACAUCAAGGCGGCGGCACAUACUUGGAAAUCCAAACUGUUAGAUGUUUUUAUAUUCUCGUUUGGACUUUUUUCAUUGAUUUACACCACCUACAUAACACUUGAAAAAUGGGGAA